UGUGUGUGUGUGUGCGAGCCCGUGUGAGCACGACCCUGUGGUUGGUUAUUCCUGGCCCCCAAGAAGCUGGAUUUUCCGUCCGCCGCGGGCGCGUGGAUGAUCGGUCACACCGGGGCAAGAAGCGGAGAUGGAGUUGUUCGUGAUCAGCCUCUCCCUGUGGCUCCUGCAGUGCCGCUCGGCGCGAGCGGACUCCAUCAUUCACAUCGGUGCAAUUUUUGAGCAAAACGCAAUUCGGGAUGAUGAAGUGUUUCAGCUGGCCAUUUCAGACCUGAGUUUGAACGAUGACAUCCUACAGAGCGAGAGGAUCACGCAUUCUAUCAAACUGAUUGAGCCAAACAACCCCUUCCAGGCAGUGCAGGAAGCCUGCGAGCUGAUGAACCAGGGAAUUCUGGCGCUGGUGUCGUCCACGGGCUGCACAGCAGCCAAUGCCCUGCAGUCGCUCACAGACGCCAUGCAUAUCCCACACCUGUUCGUCCAGAGGAGCGAAGACGGCGUACCGCGCACCGAGUGCCAACUCAACCCCAGCCCCGACGGAGAGCGCUACACGCUGGCGGCCCGGCCGCCGGUGCGCCUGGGCGACGUGGCACUCACCGUGGUCUCCGAGCUGCACUGGAGCAAGUUUAUCAUGUUCUACGACAGCGAGUACGAUGUGCGUGGUCUGAGGGGUUUUCUGGAUCAGGCGUCUCGAAGGGGUUUGGACGUGUCUCUGCAGCAGGUGGACAGGAACGUCAGUCAGGUCUUCUCCACUCUCUUCAGCACCAUGAAGACAGAAGAACUCAACCGCUACCGGGACACGCUCAGGCGUGCCAUCUUGAUGCUCAGUCCUCGAACAGCACAGGUCUUCAUCCACCAGGCUGUCGAAACCAACCUGGCAUCCAAAGAGACUCACUGGGUGUAUGCGAAUGAGGAGGUGAGCGACACUGAGAUCAUGGAGUUGGUGCACAGCUCCCUGGGCCGUAUGACAGUGAUCAGGCAGAUCUUUCCUCUGUGGAGGGACACUAACAUCCGCUGCAUGAGGAACAACCACCGCAUCUCUUCGCUCUUGUGUGACCCCCAGGAAGGAUACCUGCAGUCCCUGGAGGUCUCAAGCCUGUACCUGUACGACAGCGUUCUGAUGCUAGCCAACGCCUUCUACAGAAAGCUGGAGGACAGGAAGUGGCACAGCAUGGCCAGUCUGAACUGCAUGAGGAAGUCGACCAAGCCGUGGAACGGAGGCUGGUCCAUGCUGGACACAAUCCAGAAGGGAAGGAUCUCUGGUCUCACGGGCCUCAUGGAUUUUCGGAGCAGUGGAGCCAACUCACACGCGCAGUUUGAGAUCCUGGGCACCACUUACAGUGAGACGUUCGGAAAAGACGUGAAACGGCUGGCAACCUGGGACUCUACCCGAGGCAUGAAUGGCAGUCUAAAGGAGAAUCGUGUAGACAACGGCAUGCAAGGAGUCACUUUGAAAGUUGUCACACUUCUGGAGGAGCCUUUUAUAAUGGUCGCAGAAAAUAUCCUCGGACAACCUAAACGGUACAAGGGCUUCUCCAUGGAUGUUCUGGACACUCUGGCCAAGACCCUGGGCUUCAAAUAUGAAAUCUACCAGGUGGCUGAUGGAAAGUAUGGCUCGCUCCAAGCUAACGGUUCCUGGAGUGGCAUGAUUGGAGAACUCAUCAAAAAGAGAGCAGACCUCGCGGUUUCCGCCAUCACCAUCACGCCGGAACGAGAGAGCGUAGUGGACUUCAGCAAGCGCUAUCUGGAUUACUCAGUGGGAAUCCUGAUGAGCAGAUCGGUGGAGAAGCUCAACAUCUUCUCGCUGUUGGCGCCCUUCGACCUGGCAGUGUGGGCGUGCAUCGCCGCCGCCAUCCCCGUGGUGGGAGUCAUGGUCUUCCUCCUACGCCGGAUUCAGUCAGUCCGUUCCCGGAACGCUGGGGCCCACCAGCCGGCCUCCGUCACCACGUCCUUCCAGAGCGCCAUCUGGAUCGUCUAUGGGGCGUUUGUCCAGCAAGGUGGUGAGUCGAUCGUCAGCUCGACGGCCCUGAGGAUUGCCAUGGGCAGCUGGUGGCUCUUCACUCUUAUCGUGUGUUCGUCAUACACAGCGAACCUGGCAGCCUACCUCACCGUGGCCCGCUUGGACAGCACAGUGCGAACAUUCCAGGACCUGGCAAAGCAGACAGACCUUCACUACGGCACGGUCAGGGAGUCUGCGGUGUACGAGUACUUCAGGGUGAAGGGAACCAACCCACUGGAGCAGGACAGUACCUUCGCCGAGCUGUGGAGGACCAUCAACAAGAAACAGGGGCAGGAGAACACAGUGGCUACCCCAGCUGAGGGCAUUCAGAAGGCCAAGCGGGAGUCGUAUGCCUUCCUCUGGGACAUGGCGGUGGUGGAGUAUGCAGCUCUGACAGACAGUGAGUGCACGCUGACAGUCCGAGGGAACGCCAUGAGCACCAAGGGUUACGGCCUGGCACUGCAGCAUGGAAGCCCCUACACAGACCUCUUCUCCCAGAAGAUCCUGGAACUACAGGAGCGUGGCGACCUGGACAUUUUGAAGCAGAAGUGGUGGCCCCGUAGGGGCCGGUGUGAGCCGGACGGCCGGGCCGAGCCUCUGCCCGAGGGGCGGGCGCUGCGUCUGCACAGCUUCGCCGGCGUCUUCUGCAUCCUGGCGGCCGGUCUGCUGCUGGCUUGUCUGGUGGCCGGUCUGGAGACCUGGUGGAGCAGCCCACGCUGUCGACGAGCACAGCCCAAAGAGGAUAAAGAGGUGAAUCUGGAGCAAGUCCACCAGCGGCUGAGCGGCCUCAUGGAUGAGGAACUGGUCCAUAAGCAGCUCCCGGCUCAGUCGGUGGAGAUCUCCGCCCUGGACGCGGGCAGCGUGGGGAGGAAACACCAGCGGCGGGGCUCGCAGGAGGCUGGGAGGGACUUCACCCCAGGAGGCCUCUCCCUGACCCCCUUCCUCAAGGAGGCUCCCGGGGUCGGACGCUUGCCUGGACGUAACCUCCCCCUCCCUCUCAGCAGCUCCACCCUCCCCCCAACCAUGCGCUGCAAACACCGGGCUCCCAAUGGAGGUCUUUUCCGCCAGAGUCCCGUGAAGAUGCCCUUGCCUAUCGCUUACCAGGCAGUGCCGGGGGGACCCCUCCCAGAAGCCAUUGACUCAAGCCAUGGCACCUCGAUCUGAGCUGACCAAUCAAAUACGUCCAUCCGACCAAUCACGUAUGUCUAUCUGACCAAUCACAGAAGUCCUAAAGAGGCUUACUUUGCCAACUGACCACUGACGUUGAACGGUCAGGCACAGUGAAAGACAGUUUUAGAAGAAGAUGAGGAAAGAUUUUUGUUGUUUGUUCAUUUGUUUGUAAUACAGAAGAACACUUGUUUGGCCAGAGACUUUGACUUUCCUAAACUGUGGAUAUUUGUAAAUAAUGAGAGACUGCAGUGAAGUCAAAGUGUAUUUUGAAUAUUCUUAAUUUUUCUGAAGUUGAGUUUUAAGAACUAUUAAAACAAGCAAACACAA